AUGGCCCCAAUCACUCAGAACGUUACCAACCAGAUCGUCGACGCUCUGACGCCACUGCUGUCAACCGCCCCGGCAGUCACCAGUGGCACACCUACGGUCAACCUCAAUGUGACCAUCAUCAACACCUCGGUCGAACCAACGACCACCGCCUCAUCUUCGCUCAUCGACUCCAUGGUGAACUCCAUCGUUUCAUUCUGUGCAGGCCUUUCAAAUAUUUGGCUGGGCUUGGGUGGCGUCAUCAUGGUCAUCGUAUUUGUGGUCCGGUUCUGCAAGCAAAGAAAAUGGCCCCAGACUCCCCAGGAAGAGCUCGUGGAGAGGCAAUUGGAUGUGGCCGAGAGAAUGGAGAAUGGACUACGCUCCAUCGAGUCCAGCGUAUAUGACCAUCACGAUCUCCAAGCACGCCAGAUGGAUCUCCUCCUCAAGCACCACGGUGUCAAGGACCGGCCGUGCCUACACCCACGCUGGGAGUGUCAUGCAAACACAUGUCCACCCUCAAGGAGCAGAAGAUACGAUACUUGGGAAUCGGAGCAGAGCUGGCCGGACUACGGAAGUCAGGAGAGCCUGAUCCCUCACGGCCCCUAUGAGCAAUCGAAGCCGGAUGUGGAACACCAGAGUGGUACGGACUUGAGGAGCGAGAAGAAGUUGGUUGACGUUCCUAGCGACUGGAUUAGAGUGUCGGAGUCAGUUGUGGAAAACCAGAGCGUGACAGAUUGGGGGAGUCCCGAAGACCCAAGCUUAUAUGGGCUAUACCAUGCUACACUGAAGUUUAAAUCAGCAUGA